AUGAUUGCCUCCAUCGCAGGCUUGGUUGCCCUGUCUGCUCUGGCCACAGCCCAUGGUGACCAUGGCCAGUCCCAGCUUGCUGGUCCACACCAAGGACUCUGGUACAACACACUCCCAGGAGAUGGUGGCACGCAGGCCGACUCCGUAUUCUCCGGAAUCUCAACUUUCGGCCGCCUGCCCUAUUACCCAUGUCUGUCCAGCGACGCCGAGAAAUACGACAUCGCUUUCCUCGGUGCACCCUUCGACACCGGAACCUCCUACAGACCCGGCGCCCGGUUCGGGCCCAGCGGUAUCAGACAAGGUUCUCGCCGCCUCAAUCUGUACUCACGAAAAUUGGCCUUCAGCGGUGGCUACAAUGUGCCUUUGCAGGCGAACCCGUUUACCAGCGAUAUGCGAAUAUUGGAUUGUGGCGACGUUCCCGUUACCUCAUACGACAACGCCUGGGCAAUCCAGCAGAUCGAAGAAGGACACAACAGCAUCCUGAUGCGCAAGCCUUACCUUGACGCGAAUAAGCCGGGUCUUUCACUUGCUGGCAAGACCCUUCCUCGUGUUAUUACCCUUGGUGGUGAUCAUACCAUCACACUGCCCUUGCUGCGGAGUAUCAAUAAGGCCUAUGGGCCUGUGACGGUGAUUCAUUUUGAUAGUCAUUUGGACUCGUGGAAACCGAAGGUCUUCGGUGGCUCUCCUAGUGAGGUUGCAGCUAUCAAUCACGGCACAUACUUCUACCAUGCGGCGAUGGAAGGAUUGUUGAAGAAUGAUACUAAUAUUCAUGCUGGUAUUCGUACGACACUGUCUGGUCCUUCUGAUUAUGAGAAUGAUGGGUACUGCGGGUUUGAGAUUGUUGAGGCAAGGGAGAUCGAUGUUAUUGGAACGGACGGUAUUAUCAAAAAGAUUCGCGACCGUGUCGGAACUGACAAUCCGGUUUAUCUUUCUAUUGAUAUUGAUACUUUGGAUCCUGCUUUCGCACCAGCUACCGGCACGCCAGAGACUGGCGGGUGGUCCACGCGCGAACUGCGGACGAUCAUCCGUGGUCUUGACGGCCUGAACUUUAUUGGUGCAGAUAUCGUUGAGGUAGCGCCGGCUUAUGAUACCAAUGCAGAGUUAUCGACGAUGGCUGCUGCUGAUGUGCUAUAUGAAGUCCUUACUAUCAUGGUCAAAAAGGGCCCGUUGUCUGUUGGGGAGGAGUCUCAUGAGCUGUGA